CUUCCUUUCUACAACGUUUACAGGUUCUUCUUCCCCCGGAAAGCUUCAAGAGAGAGAGAGAUACAACCCAUACUGGCAAGAUAGAGAAAUGGCGCAAACGAUCGACAUCCCAACGCUUCCUGUUCCUGGGGAGAAGUCACAGCCUCAACAGCUCAUCCUUGGAGCACCAGCAUCGGGGCAUGAGUCUCAACAUCAGACUCCUCCACAAGGCACUGCGGACUACUACUUCGACCAGGCUGUCACAAGCAUCGGUAACCACCCGAUUCUUGCCGGUAUCGGAGGGUUUAUGUGUGCGUACUUCAUCGCUGGUGCGUUCAAAUCGAACCAGCCAGGUAUAAACGGUAAGGCCUUCUCUAAAGGUGGCUUUGGUGGAAAGAUGACUAGAAAGGAGGCACUACAGAUACUGAACCUCAGAGAAUCGACAUUAACGCAGAAGAAGUUGAAAGACACUCAUAGAAGAAUCAUGUUGGCGAACCACCCGGAUAAAGGUGGCUCUCCAUACGUUGCCACUAAGAUUAACGAAGCUAAGGACUUCUUGGUAAAAGCUGGUAACAUUAAAAAGUGAUUUUGGUAUAGUAUUACACAUGGAAACCACACUUGUACAUAUGACUCAAAUGUGUAGUGUUAUUAGAAAAUUAUUCACUUUGUCACAAUUGAAACGACGUCUUCAU